AUGAUUGCGGAUCCCCAAGGCGCACCCCCACCUCGUCGACAGAUUUCAGGUUCAGGUCCAGGUUCGUGGGGGGGUGAUGACAGAGCUAGGAGUGAAACACUGCGCAACUCGGUUGAACUUAAUAACAGUCAUCGGCUAUCUCGUUCGCCCGCCGAGUCCCCCCGGAGUGCUCAUCGUGCCGCGUCUCCUACAACAUCUGCCGCUGCUACCCCGACAACGACAAACUCAACAAUCAACUUUACUUCUGCUUUGAUGCCUCCAUCAGCAUUGUCGUAUUCUACUGCUACGGCUCAUAAUGGUGGGAAAGAACAACGAUAUGCUAGCAUAUUCCAGGAAGCAUCCUUUGCCUAUUGGACCAUGCCGAACACUUCAAUCUCUUUCCAGUCAUGCGAGAACGCUAUGAGGUUGUUCAAGGAGCAUGCCGUAAAUACGGGCACGGAAAACGCCAUUGUGUUCUUUCAAAAGAUACAGAAGGAGCUUGGGAAUGCUUCACUCACGCAGUUUGUUAAGUCAAACGCGCCGGCACCAGCCUUGGUGCCCUCGGGUCCGUCGAAGAGCGAGUUCCAGCAGCUCCGUGAUGAACUACAGAAUAUGAAAAAGAAGCAGGAGGAAGAUGAGAAGAUGAGGCAGAAUUUUCAUAACGAGUUUCAUAAUUACAAGAACAGUCAAUCUGACCGAUUCCGGUCUCUGAGCUCGAGGCAUAGUAAGAUAGAAGCGCUUCAGAAGGAGCUUAAGAUAGAGGUUGAGCAGACUAAGCACACAGCUGUCAAGACGGAAGAGGGAUUGAAGACAGCAAUGACGCUGCUGAAAGAGGUAAAGGUUGAUGUAGAGAAACUGCAGGAGGCUGCAAAUGCUAAGGGUAGUACGGAUGUUGUAAUGGGUGAUGCUGGUAAUGAUAUUGGGACUGUCUCCGAGCAGGUUAAAAGGCUUUUUGGAUCUCUGAAAACUAUUCAGGAUGAACUCAUAACAUCCCAAAAAAAAGUGGCACAAACAGCUUCGAAAUGCGCCAACGACAUCAAGGGUCUCGAACAGAAGAUUUCCAAACUGGAUAUCAAAGAAUUACAGGCCUCCCAGAUCCAGGGGGCCCUCCCUCUGCAGGAAUACGCAACAAAAUCAGAUAUCUCGCGCCUAGAAGACCACAUGCACCAACAAGAUAAUUUAAUUGAUAAUGUCCGUACUGGUAUUGAGGGAGAUACCGCGCUAGUGUCAGAAACAAUCCAUCUUCUUGAGACAACCUUGGAAAAGAACAACCAAGAAACAGGAGAAAGAGUCCAGGCCUUAGAACAAACGUGGAACGAUCGAAUUAAAAACCUCACUUCCCUGCAGGAAAGGGACAGAGCUGUUCAUCUCGAAGAGAUCAAAUCUCUCCGCGGAGUCCAUCAACGGUUUGCAACUAAUAUGGAGGAAGUUGGCAACAGAGUAGGCUAUGUGGAAAGCCAGCUUGAAGGCCACGCAGUCGCAAUCAGCCACGUUGAUCAGAAAAUGACAAAUUUUACGACAAAAAGACUUUUACGAACGGGUGAUUCAGGAACUUAUGAAGAUCAACCCCAUGAUAUUCAGUCAAACCCAUCAGCUCAGUAG